GUACGCAGUAUAAAUAACUUGGCAAAAGUUUUCAACUUCCUCUUUUUGCAAAUAAUGCCUAAUCCUUGGUGGUAACGACGGUAAAAUGGCGACUUUCUACCCCAUUUGCGCCAACCAGGCGCCAAACAACGCGAAAUGUAACAACACUGGCAGGUUCGCUUGCAAGAACUGCCUUCUCGUCACAUACUGUGGCCCCGAGUGUCAGAAGUCUCACUGGACUAUGCACAAGCCCGACUGCAAAUCUCACCUUGGAAGGGAGGGCUGGCAGCCUGACUGGGUCUUGGAGAACCGAGCUCCGGCCUUCAUCGGGAAUGGUCACCCUCGGGUGACCUAUGGAGCCGGGAAGUACCUUUGGGGCAACGUUCCAGCUUUCGACGUCCUCCAACUUGGCGCCAACGAAGGCGUCUCCUACGACGAGCAGGUGCGCCUCUUGUUUGCCGCCUCCGGAGAUCUUCGAAACGUCAUCAAGACCAUCGCUCAGCUCCCCGAUAGCUACACUCAGCCCGUCGAGGUGACUAUAAACGACCGCAAUCUGGAUAUUGUCGCUCGGAACGUAAUAAUGCUUCUUAUCAGUCUCGUGGUGGACGAUGUCGACAUCGCGGCCGACUGCAUCAUUCACGUCUGGUAUUCCGCCCUCCUCCGCAAAUCCGACCUCGACAUCAUGCAGCAUCGGAUCCGUCCAGUCCUCGAGGAGGUCUGCCACAAGCUGAAGGGAAAGGGUUCCGACAACCUCCAAGCAAAGACCUGGACGUUCGGCCAGCGGUCGCUGAGACUCGUGCUAAAAAAGUCUGUGUGGGACGACUUCUUGUCCUUCACGGGCACCCCCAAGGGCCUGACGGCUAAUCGGGCGCAUGAGAUUCGCAAAGCCGUCACCCUCGCCGAGGGUAGAAAGGACUAUCGUGAGCGUCACCUUCUGGUCCAGUCCCUGUCCCAUCGAAUCGCCCUAACACGCUUCCGCGAGGACGGACUUCUGCUUCCAUUUGGAAAUGCGCGUGAUGCCUUUCGGCACCCCAACCCAACUAUUUACCAGGACGCGAGCUGGCCCAUGUACGACAAUGCAGACCCCCUCAAUGGAUGGUCUGCCAAGGAAGUCCAAGAGACUCAGACCGGACCUGCGACCGCUGAUAUCUACGGCAAGCUCCUCAUCAGCCUUCGUACGGUACUUCUAGCGUUUCUUCGUCGUCUCUCAAGUUCGCAGAUCUCAUUUAGACUGUUCCACAUGGACGCGUCUACUCUUCCCAAGUUGCUCGAAAACAGCUCCUUUAACCGGAUUGAGGUCUCUAACAUCUCGGACGCCGGGUAUCUCGGAAUCCAUCGUACGCUCGAUCUGAUGGUUCCUCUCCUUCAGAGCCCUCUCAUCAACCCCCACGCGACCCUGAUUACCUUGUUCAUGAAUACUGUGGACGAAAACAUCACCGAAACGGAAAAGCUCGCAGAGAUGAAGGCGGAUGGCACAGUGACGAAGCGCAUCUACGAGUACCUAUCGCUCAGCAGAAGACCGCUCACUCAUUACGACACCACAAUCUUCAAAAUCAUGGCCGCCCGGGAUUGUAUACCAACCUAUGACCACGUCUUUGACCGGUACGCUGCGAAGCUCAUGUUCUCUCAGAGUGCUCAGCUGGUUGGAGCCAUGAUGAAGGAAAACCACACUGUGAUCGAGAAGUGGCCGUUCAGAUUGAAGCUGCGGCCCGGACAGACUGGCGCCCAGGAGGAGUUUGACCGCCUCCUAGGAGGAGGAGUUUCAAGCAAGGAGCGUUACGUGGAAUGGAAGAGGGUUGAAGCAUCAGGAUGAGGUGUGGAAGACAGCUACAGAUCAGGGAGAAGGCAGUAGACUUAUGGAAUAGUCCUUCCACCCAUGGGAGCAUGAGAGCGGCGAAAUACAAUGCUUUCAGACGACAGUUUUGCUAUCCGGGCAGACCCCCCUUUCCCACCCAUCGUAGCGUCUGGUUCAUUGGAGUUUUCUUUUGGCCCGCGCGUCCCGCAAUAGCCGUAACUAGCGCAAACACCCCGCAGUUUGACGGGCAAUUUGACUACUUCGACUUCUGCUGCUUAUGUAAAGUUGUAUAAUUCGACAUUAUGUUGGCUUUUAUUGCGGUAAUCGAGAGAUCUCGUCGAAUCUCGAUUU